AUGGACCACCGACAAAAAGGACCAGCAGAGUCCGAGAAAGUUUUGGAAUCGCACAUGCAGAACGGGCUACGUCGGGUGAGCCACCCACGCAGACAGCGAGUGGUAGACCGGGAGGCGUCGACUGGUUUGACUUCGGCUGUCGUUGGGUGGCAUGAUGGGAAUUCGUUUGGUGAAGAAGUUGUACGACUGUUGGGGAUGAAGUUUCUGGAAGAGUGA